GUUAAAUAUAAACAAACCACAAGUGACAUUUUUCAAAAGAGAAGAUAGUGCUUGCUUUCUUUUCUCAACAAACACAACACAAUACAAUCUUAUUUUUUCUGAUCCACCGUACCACUCCUCAUGGCGGCUAUAGAGGAGUUACCUUCCAUGCACCAUGCUUCUUCCGAGGAAAGAGUGAUUCCUACAACAGAUGAAAUGAUGGAAAAGGGAUUAGGAAGAUUUGGUUGGGUUGAAUUUGUGCAAUGCAUUCUUGUUUCGUUUGCAAUGUUCUUUGAUGCACAACAAUCAUUCAUAACAAUCUACACCGACGAUUAUCCGAAAUGGCAUUGCACAAAUUCAACCUUAUGUUCAUCAGAUUCUAACAUUUGCAAAAUCCCUAAAUCUUCAUGGUCAUGGGAUGGACCAGUUCACCAAACAGUUAUAUCUCAAUGGAAUCUUGAAUGUGCUAGUAGCUUUGUUACAGGUUUACCUCAAUCUUCGUUCUUUAUCGGUUGCCUUUUCGGUUCGUUUCUUCUCGCAACUUUAGCCGAUACAUCAAUUGGUAGAAAGAACAUGCUUGUUAUGUCUUGUUUUUCGAUGUCUGUAGUUUCAAUUCUCAUUGUUUUCUCUACCAAUGUUUGGAUUUACUCUGCAUUUAAAUUCGUGAUUGGGUUUUUGCGUUCGACGAUUGGUACCGUUGUUUUAGUUUUGCUCACUGAGAAAGUUAGUACUGAGUGGAGGUUCACUGUUGGGAUUGUUGAAUAUUUUUGCUUCACAUUAGGGUAUAUGUCAUUGCCUGGUAUAGCAUAUGCCAAUAGGUUUAAUUCGUGGAAAACGGUUUACGUUUGGGCUUCGGUUCCUGCUAUUUGUUACUCGAUUGUUGCUUAUAUCUUUGUCACUGAGUCUCCGAGGUGGCUUCUAAUGCAAGGAAGAACCCAAGAAGCUAUGGCAAUGCUUAAUCGAGUUUCUCUGGUCGAGAAUGGUGAUGAUUUGACCGUGAGUUUAAUAGAAGCUCCGGUUAAUAAACAAAAGGCUUCGAUUUUCCAACUUUACUCGUCGAUAGCAGAGUUGUUUGGGAGAGGUUGGGCUUUAAAGCGAAUGGUGGCGAUAAUGGUGCUUGGUAUUGGAAUUGGAAUGGUGUAUUUUGGUAUGCCUUUAGCAGUUGGGAACUUAGGAUUCGACAUUUACUUGGCCGUUGUGUUCAAUGGUUUGAUGGAAAUACCGUCUUGUGUUGCUACCUAUUUCUUGGAGAAUCGCCGAAGAAAGCCGUCGAUUCUUGUAUUCUCCAUAGCUAGUGGCAUAUGUUGUAUAAUGUGUGUUGUUGUUGGAUCAGGAAUACAAGGAGUUAGAGUUGGGCUAGCGAUGACAUCGUUUUUCAGUGCUUGCACAGCUUAUAACGUGUUUCUAAUUUACAUUAUAGAGCUGUUUCCGACAAGCGUGAGGAACACUACAACAUCAUUGGUGAGACAAGCUAUUGUUUUCGGUAACAUUUUCAGCCCCUUUUUGAUAUCUGCUGGAAGGAAAAACGACAUUUUCUCUUACGGAGUGUUUGGAGUAGUUAUCAUGUUGUCAUGUGUUACAUUGCUCAGUUUGCCUGAGACACGAGGAUUAGCUCUUUGUGAUACCAUGGAUCAACAAGAGAAAAAGGAUGAUAUGUCCGUAUGAAAAUGGUAAUGUUGUAUGUUUAUGACGCUUUUCUCAUGUCGAUUGUGUUUGUUGCUUGAUAGGAAGAAUUCUAAAUUUAACCUA